AUGCACUUUGAAGCUUCGCCAGGCUCGUCGCCAUCCAAGUCGAUCGCCAUCAGCAUCUCACCCAGGAACAUGUCUUCGCCCACGGGAUCCCUCUACAGCAACUACUCCAUCGAGUCCAACUCUCGCCGCGGCUCAUCAUGUGCGUACCCGUCGUGGCCCACGGGACCUUCGCUGGAGUACCGCAACCCGUCCUCGUACAUCAGCGACGAGGACCUCUUUGGCGAGGACUUGGACGACGAGUACUCGUGCCCGAUCCUCAAGAAGGCCCCGGCACCUCCACGAGUCCCGCCCAUGGCCCAGGCAUUCCCCGUGCUGCCUCCUCUGUACGCUUCGAAGAAGGCCAAGACCCAGCGGAGGCGCAGCAGUGGGAAGCAGCGCCGCACCUCGACGCCCAUGACGCCCAUCAGCGAGUCGCCUGAGCAAGUCGAGUAA